UGAGGACUUGUAUAAAAACGGAAUGUGUUCUAUUAGCCAGUUCUGCACCGAUGUCCAACCUGCCUAAACUUCCUCUCAGCUAAAUAAACCGGCAGCUACUUUAUAUUCGUCAACAUGACCGGAACGAAAAUGGCACAGGAGUCCGAUUUCUGUAAAUUGACAUAUCCGGAAGGAGACCUACCCAGUAGAGGAGAGAGAAGGCGUCCAGUGCUUAUAGCCGCGAUUGCUUCACUCUCCACGGCACUGGUCCUUGGCUCCAUCGUCUUUGGUGUCAUAUUCUACCUUCAACAAAACAAAGCAGAGAAACCCGAGUGGAUAUCUUGGGUCCGUAAUGCCGGAGAUGUGGACAUCCACGAGUCGGUUUUGAUUAAUGACAAAGAAAAAACGAUUCUCAUGGUGUCUGCGGAGGCUUACAGGAUUCACGAGGAGAACUCUAUGGCCCUUCACGACUUCAAACUUGGUUACGUGGCGCUGAGAGACUUUGGAAGGGGCAUGUGCUUAGUUACCCAGGUGAAAAUCCCGGAUUUCCGGUCCGUCAAGCAGAUGUUGGAAGACAGACGAGGCAAAACACUCGACCUUCAACCAUUAAAGCAAGGUGAAGCACAGCUCCGCAAUAUGACGUCAUCAGAAUUGGGGCCCAUUUUGAGCAAGUUUUGCGACGGAGUUCCAGCUCAUUGGUUCGAUGUCAAGGAGACAGCUGUUGAAAAGAGAGCAGUUGACCCGAGACAGCAGGGGCCUCCACGUCUGGACGAACCGAUACUCGCGUGCCUACAUAUCCGAUGUGAACUACCUUCGUGAUCAUGUAGCUCCAUGUAACUCUGUUUUCUGAAGGGUUGUCAAAUUUCAAUACAUCAGUUUAUCACCAGAAUAACAAUAAAGUCAACAUGACAUGUAACCAGUUACAUGAAAACAUCUGGAUUGAACAUUUUUUUUGCUUAAUUACUUAGUCAUUAUCUGGAGAUCAUUGUUCUGCAACUCACUACGACAUUUUCCUAUAGCAAUUGAUAAUCAAAACAAGCGAUCACGUGAUAUGAGAGUUUUCAUUUAUAUAAACACCUGAAAUAAGAA